AUGGUCUCAUGGAUUCUAAAGCACUACAUUCAUCAACCAUCAUUCCAGCCCGUCUUCGAAACCUCUGCAACCAACCUACUCGUUCAUCUCCAAUGGAUUGGUCAACGUGGCAUCUCCAAUAUUAACAUCAACGGCAGCAACUCAGCAAUUGAUCAUGGGUCUCCUUCUCCAGUUGCAAGUCACCAGUCGACGCCAUCUCCAAUUCCCAUGGCGGCCAUGCUGGAUAAAUCCAUGCUCAUGACCAGGCAUCCACUCUUUCCUAUCCCGAGACACUUCACCGUCAUACAGCAACAACAGCAACAACUCGUUUUACAACAACAAAAACAACAAUCGUUAUCAAGAGGCAGGGAUGUCCCUCCGGUGCCCCUUCCAUUCAUCCUCCCCACACUACCACCCCAACUAUUUGGCCAACCAAUCCACCUAACUGAGCACUCGUCGUCAGGCUACACCAUUCCUUCGACAUCUCCGUCAAAGAAGCAACAGCAGCAACAACAUUCAUCCAAGUCAUUGAAGGACAAUGUAUUUGUAUUUACGGGUCGACUGGUUGAUUCUCGCGGCACUGGUGCUGCAGUUGUUAUGGGCUGCUUGGUCGUGUCUUCAUUAGCGGAAGUCGUUGCAUGUGUUGGUGCUGGUGAAUUACAUGGUUUGCUAUCUGCUAGUCGAGGGCACGUCGUAUGCAUUGACAAUCUCAUAAAUCUCAACUCAGGUAUUGCUGUUCCGUGCUGUACCCUCGUGCUCGUCUCAUCGCCAACAACACUUAUUUCAUCGUCGCAACUCUGUCAUUCUAAUUCGUUUUCAUUGUGCGUCUGGUUCAAUUGUACAUUUGUGUUUACAUUAAAUUUUAGUUUAUGCUUAAAGUUGGAACAAAAUUUUGAUGAAUUUUUGUAA